GGACUCAUUCCCUCCCAAACUAAAAGGAGAAACCAAUGUUUUCUCUGGUAGGCACAACCUACCUGGCACCCCUAUAAAAAAUAACCUCAAGUCAAAACCGUUACAUAAAAAAUGGCACCCCAGAUGGGACAGCUCAACAUUGAGAACUAACCAAAGCAAAUAUUUUGUGUGGAAUUAAAACAAUGGAUUCACCCCAAGAUAAUGUGCUCAUCCAUUUCAUACCUGUCAAUGGGAAUACACAGGGCCAUUCUGACCAUCAAGCUGACAACACAAAUCAUAAUGGGAAUGGAGAUAAUGGAGUUGAUUUGGGCCAGAGCCCUGGGAAUCUGAAUGCUCGGUCUGGACCACAGGCCACAGGCGGUCUAACCAGUUACUCACUUAUUGACAUGGAUCUGUGUGAAAGUACUGAGCCAGCCCUCCAUCUGACACCCAACCUUCCUCCAUUGUCUGGUUUAUCUCCAGAGGUUGUAGUUUUACAACUUCAAGGUGACAUCCUUGAUAUUCGUCGGACUCAACAACAUCUCCAAACUCUUAUCCACGAUAAAUUAAAAUGUCUGAGGGAAGAGCAACAACAGAGUGCCAUGGAAUUCAGAAACUCACUGAGCACUCUAACCCACACACUGACAGAGCUCAGUGAGAGUGGAAGACGGGAAAUUACUGGUGCCAUGGACAGGCAGUUUCACUACCAACGAAACCAACUCACUGCCACUCUCCAAUGGCGCCUGCAACAUCAUCACACUGAGGUCCUCAAGGACGUUAAUUCUGUUUUUUCUCCCAUGGUUAACACUGUAGACCACUUGCAAACAGAGCUCUCUAAUUGUGUUAAAAUGUUGGAUGACGUGUCUGUGGACAUGGCCGCCAUUAGGCACAACUCCUUACACAGAGUUUCUCUGGUGUCCACUUCUGUUCAGACCACUGAGGGCCAAGCUGGCACCUCUGAAGAGCCAAGACAAGGCCAUGCUACAGCCACCCCUUGCAGGAUGCAAUCCACCAUGCAUCCUGGUGUUCAUUUUCAUUGUCCGAUAACGCCCUCCCCCUCUACUUCCUCAAUCCCUCCUAGCUCGUUUGUUCAUGGUGAAUUGAGUAGAUGUCAUGUGGGGGCGAUGCCCAUUAAAUUGCAAUUUCCCACCUUUGGGAAAAAAGAUGACAGUCCGGAUCCGCUAAUGUACCUAGAAAGAUGUCGUGACUUUCUUGCCCUCAAUCCCCUGGCUGACGAAGAACUCCUUGCCACAUUGAGGAAUGUGUUGCAUGGGACAGCUCGAGACUGGUGGGAUGUGGCACGUCUCACCACUACCUCCUGGGCUGACUUUGAGGCCAAGUUUUCCUCUGCAUUUCUGUCUGAGGACUACACAGAUGAGCUGGCAGACAGAGUCAGGAAUCGAGUGCAAAGCGAGAAAGAGGGUAUCCGUGACUUUGCAUACGGUUACCACUCCCUGUGCAGAAGGUGGAAACCUGGCAUUGAGGAGGAAGAGGUCAUUAAAUUGAUUUUGAAGAACAUCAACCCACUACUAGCCAGUCAACUCCGAGAACGAGUCACCACUGUCGAUGGACUGGUUCGCUUGGGACAGCAGUUUGAGAGGGACAGAGAAUGCCAACAGCAAUAUGACCAAAGAAAGAAACAGACACCCAAACCGUUACCCAAGACAGACCAUCAACAACAGCCAGAGUCUCAAGCCAUGACCCCUCUCAUGUUCUGUUGGAGAUGUAGCCAAAAGGGACAUUCUUCAGCUACAUGUCCAAGACCGUAUCACGAAAACCCUUCCAGAAACCACAAAUCACAACAGGCCAACACACCUAACUCUCUUCGCAGGAAUGACCAUCCUUCUCUGGGUGCUUUAACCAGAGCUGAAAUCCCAAGAGUCACUGCCUACGCCCCCCCAUCGACAUCCCCUUCCUUUCAGUUCAUACCGCACCAACUGGUGUUACCCCUGUCCAUAGGCCCAUGGACAGGAAGAGCCAUCCUGGACACCGGGUCAUCCUACACACUGCUCAAUGAGAAACUGUGGAAGGAGGUUAAAGGUCCGCAAUACAACUUGAAGCCGUGGACAGAAGGUCCACUCUAUCUGGCUGAUGGUGAGGCUAAACGACCACUUGGAUGGAGUGAGGUAGAGUUCCGCCUGUGUAACCGCUCCUAUAUGAUUCCUUCGGUUAUCCUACAAACCAAGAACCUUGCUUUUCCUGUCGUGUUGGGAAUUGAUUUCAUGUACUUCAGUGGUGUCCAGAUUGAUAUCGCACACAAUUGCUACUGGUUUCCAUACAAUCCGAGCAAGAAGCAUUUCUUCCAAUCAGAAGCUACGAAGUUCCAUGAUUGGGGUUCAAAUGUAGCAGUCUUCUCUGCCGUUGCUCCGUUACCACUAACCCUUGAUAAUCCUUCUGACGAUCUCCUUUUACAGGCUGUAAGAAGAGCUCAGCUGGAACAUCCAGAGGAGUUAAGGCUGUUGGAACAGCUGCAGAAUAAUGCUGAUGUAUGUACUUCAAGGCUAGGACGCACCGGGCUCCUGAAGCACAAAAUAUUCCUUACACAGGAAAUGCCGAUCAAGCAAAAGCCAUAUCGUUUGUCCCCAGCAACGCUAAUCAUCCAAAAGGGACUCAUUAAUGAUAUGUUAACACAAGAUAUAAUAGAACGUUCCUCCUCUCCUUGGGCUGCUCCUGUUGUCCUCAUCCCAAAAAAGACUGGUGGUCUCAGAUUUUGUGUGGACUAUAGGAAGACCAACAAUGUUUUCCAGACUGAUGCCUAUCCUCUUCCUACCAUCCACGAGAUCCUGGAGUCAUUGUCUGGCGCUGUUGUGUUCACUACCCUUGACCUCAAUAGUGGUUAUUGGCAAGUUGAGAUGGACCAGGAAAGCAAGGACAAGACUGCUUUUGUCUGUGCUGAGGGCUUGUUUUCCUUUAAGGUGAUGCCUUUUGGAUUAAAGAAUGCACCUGCCACUUUCCAAAGACUGAUGGAGAUUGCGUUAGGUGAGCUCAAAGGGAAGAUCUGUUUCGUCUACCUGGACGAUAUAAUUAUCUACUCCCAGAACAGAGAACAACACUUUCAAGAUCUUCAAGCAGUGUUGGACAAGCUAAGAGAAGCUGGUCUGACCGUGAAUAUGAAGAAGAGCAACUUCUGCCAAACUUCCCUGAAGUUCCUUGGCCAUAUUGUGUCUUUCGACGCCAUUCAUGUGGAUCCUGAAAAGACCAAGGCGGUACAAGAUUUUCCUGUGCCAACCACACUCAAGGCCCUUCAACGGUUCCUUGGGAUGGCUGGAUGGUACCAUCGGUUUGUGUCAAACUUCUCCCAGGUGGCAGAACCCCUCAACGCGUUGAAGCGAAAAGGAGUGAAAUUCCUAUGGACGGCAGAGUGCCAGACAUCCUUUGAAACCCUGAAACGACACCUCGUCACACCUCCCAUUUUAGGUCAUCCCAACUUUGAUUCCCCUUUUGUUGUUUACACUGAUGCAAGUGAUGUUGGACUUGGUGCUGUCCUAGUCCAACAGACUGGACUUGGCACUGAAGAAGUGCUAGCGUUCGCCAGUCGGACAUUGAAUGGAGCAGAAUGGAACUACUCCACAACCGAGCAAGAGUGCCUUGCAGUUGUCUGGGCUUUGGAAAAGUGGAGGUACUACCUGGAGGGAAGACACUUCACUGUGGUCACUGACCAUUCCUCCCUUGUGUGGGUGUUCAAGACCAACAAACCAAGCACCAGACUCAUAAGAUGGGCUCUACGGUUGCAAGAGUUCACCUUUGCAGUAGAAUACAGGAAAGGAAAAUACAACACUGUUCCAGAUGCCUUAUCCAGGGCUCCUGCUUGUGAUAACGGUGGCCCUCAUUUUACAUGUGCUACUGUCCUGUCAAGCAGUCGAGACUCGCCCAAAACAGACUUUCCCAUCUCUGAGACCAUAUGGAAAGCCCAACAGGAUGAUCCAGAAGUACAGGCUUUGUACCAGACUAUCCUGGAAGAUGGAGAAAAGAUGGUCAAUCCUACCACAAAGCUGACCAUCAUGGAAGACAAAGUCUACCGUGUUUGGGUGGAACUCUUUUCCCUGCGUCAGGCCACAGCAAGGACCGUCUCUAACAUCCUUACGAAAGAGAUCCUGACUCGCUGGGGAGUGCCUGAUUACAUCCUGUCUGAUCGAGGUUCCCAAUUUGUCUCUGAUCUCUUUGAGGAGACCUGCCAAAGAUGGAACCUGAGACAGAAGUUGACCACGGCCUAUCACCCACAGACCAAUCUCACUGAGAGAGUAAAUCGAACCUUGAAGACAAUGAUUGCUUCCUAUGUAGGGACCCAGCACAAACACUGGGACAAGCACCUUCACGAGUUUCGAUUUGCCCUGAAUUCUGCUGUGCAAGAGUCCACUGGAGUCACACCUGCAGAGCUGAACCUAAGUCGUCCCCUCCGAGGACCCUUGGAUAUGGUGCUACAGCCCCAGCAGAUUACUCCAGACGCUGCUUGCUAUGACCAGGUAGUCCAUCUCCAUGACUUGAGAGCUCUUGUCUCAAAGAACAUGACCCAGGCUCGACUCAAGCAGAAGAGAAAUUAUGAUAAGAACAGACGAGACAUGCAGUUUCAGCUUCGUGAUCGGGUGUGGCUUCGCUCUCAUCCUUACUCGAAAGCUGAACAAUUCUUCUCUGCCAAGCUCGCUCCUAAAUGGCAAGGACCAUAUAGGAUUGUGGAGCAUAUGGGCCCUUUGAACUACCGAGUGGUGAAAGAGGACACAGGUGAAGAUAUGCGCGUUGUCCAUGUCUCACGCCUUAAGGCCUGUUAA